UCCACGGGAGCGAGCACUGCUGUGGAUUACACCGGCCAGGGAAGAACAGGAGAGACGGGAGCGCUGCUAUCUGACAAACCUGACAAGUAGUGAACCAGUUUCACACGGUGGUCGGUCGACAGGAAAGUUCACGGGAUUUUAAACUCGCCCAGGACCAUUGGAGGGUUUUUUCCUUUAUUCUCCACGGAGUGUCCCACCGCAGCAGAGAAGCUCUGCUCAUGAAGCCAUGCUAAUAGACGUCUUCCUCUUGCGGUAAGCUGCCUGGUGGACAGUCAGAGGCAUCAUGGCGGAUCUGCCUAUUGCCCCAGGCGAGGUCUACAUUGAGGUGGAGUACGACUAUGAAUACAAGGCCAAGGACCGCCUCAUCACCAUCCAAGCAGGAGAAUGCUACAUGCUGGUCAAGAAAACCAAUGAGGACUGGUGGCAGGUGAGGAAAGAGGAAGGGACUAAAGCUUUCUAUGUACCUGCUCAGUAUGUCCGCGAGGUCCGCAAAGCCCUCAUGCCACCUCCUAAAGUGCUCCCACAUCCCGCUGCUGCCAGUGGAAACACAACUCCACUAAGUGCAGGUGCAAUUUGGGUAAAGCCAACCAGUCUGGAGCUGGGACUCCAGGACCGGCCCACUGAGAACCUUCACAGACAAGAGUCCAACUAUCGGCGCUCACCCUCUGCACACACUGCCUCUUCAGGGCAUUUCAGUCCCCCCAGGCAGCGCAGGGACAGUAACCCCCAUCACCCCCCCAGCACUCCCACCGACCAUGACCGAGCUCUGGCUGACAUCCUUGUCCAUGGUGGUGGAGCCCCCCAUCACGGUCAUAAAGGAUCGUCCAGCUCUCUACCCCGUACCAGAGCUAGAUCCCCAGAUCUGGUCCGAGCCCCGCUGGAUGUGGACAGCACCCAACACUGUGACUCUGCAGGGGAAGAGAGACGCACCAACGACUCGGAGUCAGGAGACGAACUGAGCAGCAGCUCCACUGAACAUCUCCAGACGGUAUCUUCGUCAGGCCACGGCCGCUCCGAGUCACCUGUCUACACCAACCUCCAGGAACUGAAGAUCACCCAGACCAACCUGCCCCCUUUCCCCUCCGGGUCCCCGCUCCAUGUGCUGGGCGACUGGGAGACCUACAAGGACCAGAAUGGCAGGCACUUCUAUUACAACCGUUCCACCCAGGAGAGGACCUGGAAGCCGCCCCGAGCCAGGGACACCAGCACUGGGAGCUCCAGAGGAGAGAGCCACAGCACAGGAGAGAGCUCCGAGACCACCCCUCUCUCGCUCUCGCCGUCUUUCCUUCCCUUCCUCUCGCUCUCCAUCGGGCGACUCCAGCCUCUGUCGUCGGAGGACACCUGCUUCAGUACCUACUCUAGCCAGUCAGACAGUCAGUAUGGCUCGCCGCCACGUGGCUGGUCGGAGGAGAUGGACGAGCACGGUCACACGCUGUACGUCAGCGACUAUACUAAUGAGAAGUGGUUAAAACACGUUGAUGAGCAGGGCAGACCAUAUUACUACAGUGCAGAUGGUUCAAGGUCAGAAUGGGAGCUGCCAAAGUACAACCACUCCCCUCCUCAGCUGCCUGGAGACGCCCCAAAGAGUCGCAGUCUGGACAGGAGACAAGUGGAGCCCAUCGUCCUCACCAAGUGGAGACACAGCACUUAUGUCCAAGAUCCCAACGACAAGCGGCUGUUAAAAACCAGGCGUUUUCGCUCAGGCUCUGCCCGUCUCCACCCGUACAAACAUCAAGACGCUCCUCUGGGCCCCAAGCCCCCCUCUCCUGACUCUGACUCCUGCCCUUCGUCUCCCAAGCCCCCCACCUCUCCAUCUGAAAAGUGCGGCAUUCUGAAUGUGACAAAGAUCACCGAAAAUGGCAAGAAAGUAAGGAAAAACUGGACUUCUUCCUGGACAGUGCUCCAAGGAUCCACGUUGCUAUUUGCCAAAGGCCAAGGAGGCGGGACCAGCUGGUUUGGAGGCGGUCAGUCCAAACCAGAGUUCACUGUGGAUCUGAGGGGUGGCUCGGUGGAAUGGGCUUCCAAGGACAAGUCCAGCAAGAAGAACGUUAUAGAGGUGAAGACUCGACAGGGCACGGAGCUACUGAUCCAGUCAGAAAACGACAGCCUUGUCAGCGACUGGUACCGAGCACUGCAGGACACCAUCAGCACUCAUGCCUGGGAAUCUGAUGAGGCCAUUGAGGAGGACAUGCCGGAGUCGCCUGGCGUGGAGAAACAUGACAAGGAGAAAGAACACAGAGACUCAAAGAAAGGCCGAGCCAUGAAGCCCUCCGCCAGCAUGGACGCUUCCGACAACAAGAAGACCAGACACAAGCUGAAGAAGUUCCUGACCCGCCGUCCCACCCUGCAGGCCGUCAGAGACAAGGGAUACAUCAAAGAUCAGGUGUUCGGCUGCAGUCUGUCCAGUUUGUGUCACAGGGAGGGCGGCACUGUACCGAUCUUUGUCAAGAUGUGCAUCGACCACGUGGAGAAUAAUGGUCUGUGCAUAGACGGGCUGUACAGAGUUAGUGGCAACCUGGCUAUCAUACAAAAACUACGCUUUGCUGUCAAUCAUGAUGAGAAGGUGAACCUGGCAGAUGCGAAGUGGGAGGACAUCCAUGUGACCACUGGAGCUUUAAAGAUGUAUUUCAGAGAGCUGCCAGAGCCUCUCUUCUCUUACGCUCUCUUCCAUGACUUUGUCAGCGCCAUCAAGAUUCCAGACUACAAACAGCGAGUUCAGUCCAUCAAAGAUCUGGUCAGACAGCUGCCCAGACCUAACCACGACACCAUGCAGGCUCUCUUCAAACACCUCAGGAAGGUGAUCGACUACGGUGAGGAAAACCGUAUGACCACCCAGAGCGUAGCCAUCGUGUUCGGCCCCACGCUGCUGCGGCCUGAAACCGAGACCUGGAACAUCGCGGUCCACAUGGUCUACCAGAACCAGAUAGUGGAGCUGAUACUGCUGGAGUACGAGAACAUUUUCGGCAGGUAGAAAGAGACGCUGGAGGAUGAGCCUCUUUUGUUUUUUCUCUCUCUUCCACUCCCAAUGCAGAGCUCCUCCUAACCCAGCAAGGCCCUGCCAUAAACACCCCAGCCUGGCUUGGCUUAGCUUGGCUCGGUCCAGCCUGGGCCCGGGGCAGCUUCUCUUCAUCUUAAACCAAACUGCGGUCACUGGCUUCUACACUUGUACAACCUCCGGACCAAAGCCACGCAAACAUGUCAUGAACCAACGCGUAGAUGUAACUAACUAGCGACCAAAAAAAAGUUUAGACUCUCUGCACUUUUCAGUAUCUCUUUUUCUCCUGCAGCUGCAUUUGUGCCACUUUACUGCAAAGGUGACGUGCUCCUGUCCCGACACUGGAUUUCUAAAACUAAUGCAGGGGCCAAACAAGCCUCUACUACUGCACAGACUGGCUGAGACCAAAGCAGAGGAAUGGGCCUCAGUAGCUUCUGAAUAAAGAGGAGGCGUCAGUACUGGAGGCUGGAGAAUGUACUGUACUGUAUAUCCUAUGACCUGUAUAGACUCAUCACUCCUGUAUGAACCACACUGGGGAACUAACAGAAGAAACCAAACUGCUGUGCUUGGCUUUAGACAUUUAGACACCAAGAGAGGAAAGAAGGAGAAGAAGGGAUGAUAUGGAGGUCUUUUAUUUAGGAAAUAUAUGUUGUUUAAGAACAUCUUCUCCCAUUCACUUUCCUUAUAUUUUAAAUGUUUUGAUCCCCUUUCUACCUCUUUCCAUCUCUCUCUAAAUCUGGCUCUCCUACCUUUCCCCCUAAUGAAAUACUGGACCGGGGUCCUCUGAACACAUUAGAGGUUGUCACUCUGUAAUAUAUCUGCACUCCACCUCCUCCAUUUGGCUUUAAGAACAAAUCAUCUUGCGGCAGUCAGAGCUUGAAAAAGAAACAAAUGGUACUCAGCUGUGUCUUUCCUCGACUCAUGGAUAUCAGAUCUUAAGGCAAACAGCCUUUGAACAUGUCUCCACUGAUAAAUCUGUACAGUGUUCAUGUGUGUGCAUGUGAAUGAGGGUGGGGUGGAUGGAUGAAUGGAUUUAACGGCAAUAUAUUGUACAAAUAGUAAAUAUAAAUAUGUAUGCCUGGAAUGUUAAAAAUAUGAAUCGAGGGAGAAAUCACUAUUUUGUGAUGGUUGUGUAACCAACAGAUGUGAAUAAAGUUGUGAACAGGGGAUGUGGAGGUUUACCUGUGUGUCAGGUGAACGUAGUGGUUGUCGAAUGUAACUGUGGAGAGUAACUGUUGGCUUCAUCAAACUGGAAUAAAGACCUCUAAUAAGAAA